UUUAUUUUAUAAGUUAUUAGUGCAAUUGUUAUUCACAGGUGAAAAUAAUUAGUAAGAAACAUGGUAUUAUUAGGUACUUAUGUUAAAAGAAAUAUAACAAAAUGAACUCCGCACGCAAUACAAUUAAUGACCCAAAAGUAAAAGAAUCGAAAGACGAGGUGAAAAAAGAUGAAAAACUCAAAAGAAGUGUAUAUACAGUUUCCACGCCACGAACUAUUGUCCAAAAAUCCGCAGCAGAUAUAUAUUCUAGGCAGAACAGCUUCGUAAAAGCUCCGAAGAAAGCUCAGGGUACUUCAAGGACUAAAGAAUCUCCCAUGAAAGAUGUUCUUAAGUCAUCUCCUAAAGUCAAAGAUUCUUCGAAAGCAAUAGUUUCAGCUCGGACAUCUUCGAAAAGUCUGAAAAGUACGUCGAGGACAUCCUUACCCUUUUCGAAUGUAACUCCGAGUUCUGUUAAACUGACAUCCAGUUCUGUUAAACUGACAUCCAAGAUAAGGGAAAGAGAUGCACAGGCUAAGGUUGCAGCUCGAAGUUCUCCCCCAAAACCACGCAAUGUCCAGAAAUUCGUAGAGAAACCGAAUGAAGAAACAAUAAAUGUAGAGAAAUCAGAAAAGGUUAUCAGACAGCGAACUAAAACGAGGACUUUAGAAGAUGAUGAAGUUAAAGUUUUGACACCUGAUGUCGUUGAUAACAAUGCUGAAAUGUUAAACUUAACCAAGAAACUGAGCGCUCAGCCUAAAGCCUUUUAUGUAGAUCUAGAUGGUAAGGACGGCGAGUUAUCCAAAGAAAGGAGGAGCGACGAGGAAUUUAGUUAUGAAGAUGAUUUCGAAAGUUAUGAGUCAGAUUUUGAAUCGUACCAUAGCGAUGAUGGAUCGGAUGAUGUAAGUCUUGUUGCUGAUGGGGUAUCCAAUGGUGAUAAGAUGUUUGACGACAAUGCUAAGGAAAGAGAGAAGAUGCUUGACUCAGGCAACUUCGAUCUUCGGGACCCUCGGUCAAGCAAAGCUCCAGAAAUGGAGUUUAUAGAAGAGAAUUCUGAAGAACAGGACAAGAAGAUAUCCCUUACAGACGAGGGGUUCCAAGAUAUGUCAAGCUCAAGUGUGGGGUCUAGUUUGAAGACUGUGCACGUUGAUAUCUUGGAGAGGCCUUUAUUUAUUGACUUUACAAAAUCAAAGGAAAAAAGAAGAAAACGUCGAUUCAUUGAAGACUUUAAACGGAGAGCGAAUGAUAUUUUAAACAUGGUAACAUUGCAUACGAUAUCACACACCCUCUUUGAAAUGAAACCAAUUCCGUACGACGUGUACAUGGCAACAUUUGGUCGAGCGAAUUAUCUGCAAGUGGCUGUGCAGACAUUUGACGACGGUGUUGCCACAGAAGUGCAAACAGAAGAAAUAGAGUAUGUGAAUAAAUGGACUCAAAGUCCUGUGGAAUUUUCAGAUAAAAUCCUAGAUAAUAAUACUACAGAACUCAAUAAUGAACUUUAUAUAAAAUACAAAAGUAACCCUCUUAGAAUAUACUUAGAACAACGUAACGGCUCGGGUGAUGACAAAAUGUUGCCAUACGAUGACUAUGUGUCGAAGUUAAAAAGUAAUACAUACAACGCGAAGAGGUUGGGGAGAUUUUUUCGGAAAUCCGAAAGACGAAUUAGUGGUAUUUUAAAUGCAAACACUGGCAAUACUGUCGCGGGAAUGACUCCGUCGAAGUUUUCUUUCAGCAAAGGAUGUGUUACGAUUUCAACAAAAGAACUACAAAAUGAUAAUCUUGGGUUUUUACGCAAGUCGGCCAUUAUUGGCGCUGUAUUGCCAGAUACUAAAGAUAAUUUGGUGCUGACUAUACACAAAGGUAACGAUAAUAGUCGAAGAAAAUGUAUAAUUUGUGUUUGGGAUCUCAGUAUUGCCAGUACAGAUCCUGUUAAGUAUCUAUUAGCGGCUAAUCAUGUUGCUAUUGGCCGCUUUCGAGGCGGAAUCGAUGGAGUAUUUGUCGCUGCUUUGGAAGAUGGAACAAUUCACUUAUGGGACCUUGCAGAGAAUGGAAUGGACUUUGGUUGGAAUGAUAAAUGGGAUCCCAGUGAGAUUGGAACUUCAUCUGACAGCGAUGAGCUAUAUACACCGUGCAAAAUCCAAUUGUGCGCAUUUACCAGUAGCGCAUCUGAAAUGGGCGUGAGUCAUCCACUGGAUAAUGUGGUGGGUUUGGAAUACCAGGCAUCCGGGAACGCUCUGGAGAAUGGUGAUAGAAUUAUUGGGCAGGCUUGCGUGCUACGUAAAAGAGGAAUUUUAGCAUUCUACUCGAUUAUAAAAGAGAAGAGAAGCAAAACUCACGAUCUCGGUAAAGCGUUUUGGGCGAAAAUGAGAAUGGACAUAUUACAAACGAUCCGAUUAUCUGAAUACCUACCGCCAGUUUGUGACUAUAAUUCAACACAUUUCAGCUUAAGCUCGGCAAGACGAAGAAAUUUGAUAAGGAAACAAGAGAUUUCGCGCCGAAAGUCGGCCAUUUUGUCGAAAACUGACAGACCGUGCAGUGCCGCCAUUUUGAGAAAAGAUUUAAUUAACGAUUUGGCUAAUUGGGGCAGUGCUGUAGUGUGCAAUUGCUUACGAGUGAUAAACUUUAAUAAUUCCGAUUGUUAUUUGAUCGCUAAGAGUUGUGGUGAGCUGUUGUUGUGUAAGAGAACUUUUGGAGUUGUAAAAGUUGAAACAUUUGACGUGACAAGAGACUCAUCGGCGGUAACGUGUUUAGAGGUUUCGGCGACGCUACCUUUGUUCCUUGCGGCCACUGACUCUGGAGCCAUACAUCUCUGUUCCCUGCAAGAUAGAAGGGUUCUUCUAACGCUGGAUUGCGGGAACGUGUCACCGUCAACGUCAGAGAGAUGUCAAAGUGACAGCAGGGGUCGGUUCGCCGGUGUGGUAAUCGCUACAAAUCGUGGUAUACAAAAUGAUGUUAAAUGUUCGAUAACGUCGCUAUCGUGGUCACGGUCAGACCCGUUCUCAGUGGUCGCGGUCAGUUCUGCGGGCAAUGUGACCGUGUGGAGACUGACACACAGCGAUAUACACCCGUACAGCGUUUAUGAGAAGGCUGCGGUGCAUUGCGCCGCAACGGAUGGCAAAUUAGCAAUACUCACGUUGGAUAAUGAAGUACAAAUACACAAACUUGACAAUGAGCAAACCAACCAUGAUAUAUUUGAAAAGUAUAUAUCUCUACUGUAACCUAAUGUGACAACAGACCCAAAAUAGUUUGAGGAAACCCAGAAUAGAUUAAGUGACAUCAUAAGUUUAGUUUUCUGAGAUAAUAAAGAAAAAUACAUUACACAA